UGAUGUGUUUCCUCCCCCUUGCUCCAGCUCAACCAGGAAGUAAAGUUUCUAUUUUCUCUGGGCUCAGAAGUUUAAUACCAGGCAAAGCAGAGGGGAAGGGAGGGUGGACGAGGCCUUGCAGAAGAGGAGAUCAGAGUCACAGUGCCUUUAAGACAUCCUUUCUGGAACUGGUGCACCCAUCAAUACUUCCUUUGGUUAACCUGGCUAGCUCCUAGUUGUGGGAGAGGAUGACGACACUCAUUCACAGAGGGCGGCGUGCUGAUAUGGGCAAGAACGCCGACAAGAGGCUGGAGGGUGAGGACGAUGACUCGAAAGACAGAAACCUGGACGAGGAGGAGUCUGGUGACUCCAAAGAUAUCCGCCUGACCCUCAUGGAGGAGGUGCUGCUCCUGGGACUGAAGGAUAAGGAGGGCUAUACGUCCUUCUGGAACGACUGCAUCUCCUCGGGCCUGCGUGGCGGUAUUCUCAUCGAGCUGGCCCUGCGCGGACGCAUCCAGCUGGAGCCGCUCACCAUGAGGAAGAAGAGGCUUCUGGACAGAAAGGUGCUCUUAAAGUCAGACACCCCAACCGGUGACGUCCUACUAGACGAGACCCUCAAGCACAUCAAAGCCACAGAGCCUGCAGAGACAGUCCAGUCGUGGAUAGAGCUGCUCACAGGCGAGACCUGGAACCCCUUCAAGCUGCAGUACCAGCUGCGCAACGUGCGGGAGCGCAUCGCCAAGAAUCUGGUGGAGAAGGGCAUCCUGACCACGGAGAAGCAGAACUUCCUGCUCUUCGACAUGACUACCCACCCGGUCACCAACACCACCGAGAAGCAGCGCCUGCUCAAGAAGCUGCAGGAGAGCGUCCUGGACCGGUGGGUGAAUGACCCGCACCGCAUGGACAGGAGGACCUUGGCCUUGCUGGUGUUGGCCCACUCCUCGGACGUUCUGGAGAACGUCUUCACCCCGCUGGCGGACGACAAGUAUGACACGGCCAUGAACAGGUCAAAGGACCUCUUGGACUUGGACCCCGACGUGGAGGUCACCAAAGCCAGCGCCACGGAGAUGAUCUGGGCUGUCCUGGCGGUCUUUAACAAAGCCUAAAUCCAGACCGCCUUGCCCGUUGGAUAUAGCACGGGACCUUUGCUUGGGGAGCUGCCCUGGGCCAGGCCAGCGCAAACUCUGUUCUACGUGGCACCUGGGUUUGACUGAUGUCCACCGUUGCCCCAACCUAUCUCUCUUGGCUGGAGAUUGUUGCGCUGGUAGAGUGAGCGACUGGAUGUUGUGUGUCCUCUUCUUGUAAAUACUCAGCUAAAUGAAGGUCUUUGUCUCCGGUG